CGCAGGCGCGCUGUGUCGGGCGGGGGCCAUGGCGGGGCAGGAGGAUCCGGUGCAGCGGGAGAUCCACCAGGACUGGGCGAACCGCGAGUACAUCGAGCUCAUCACCAGCAGCAUCAAGAAGAUCGCGGACUUCCUUAAUUCCUUCGAUAUGUCCUGUCGUUCAAGGCUUGCAACACUAAAUGAGAAACUGACAGCCCUGGAACGGAGAAUCGAGUACAUUGAAGCACGGGUAACAAAGGGCGAGACCCUUACCUAGACCAGUGCAAUAUACCUGCUGGACAGUCGCCUUGGAGAACACAAGCCUGUGUGGGAGAGGCGCCAGCAGACUCCAGCUCCUUCCUGACUCCUUACAGAGUGCCAGGGCUUGUUCUUGCUUUUCUGUUUUGAAAAUGUGGCCUUUGGGCUCUACCAUUUGCAUCUGUGGGUGUGUGGAGUGGGGGAGAAGUCCAGGGGGAACUCUCGGAAAAACAACAUCGGGCAUUUUACUUAAAUGACUUUUUUUACAUGGAGAUAUUUUGUCAAAGUGGUUGAAAAGCUGGAAGUUUGGGACCCUCCUAAGAUGCCCUUAUCAACCUCUUCUUCAGUCCCUGCCCCGCCGCAGCUUCCCAGGUGUGAGAUGGCUGAGCAACAUUUCCAUCAGACCCACAUUGUCGUUUCCAGGAGGGCUCUGUGUUCACUGCCGAUCCUUAGUGGGGGUGCUGUUGGUUUGUCCAGGCUGAUGCCCUCCACUGGGGUGCGUUGGCUGCCAUAGAAUGUUGUUACUAAUCUGCCAGGUUUUCUGUCCUCUCAGGGGAGAUGGGGCUGGGCUCUCACAUGGCUGGAGGGGCCAUUUUCAGAGUCUGUUUCUUUUUUGUCAUGUGAGGUGUCUCUACCUGUCAUGUUUUCCCAAUAAACUUCUCAGCUGUA